UGGGUGCGCGCGCCGCUGCUGUCAUCCACGCCCGGUCCUCGGUCUUCCCUCAUAAAGCAGCGGCCGGCUGUGGGAAACCGGCCGUGGGUUGAAGACGCGUCGCCAGAGGCCACCAUGCCGGCGCCUCGCCUGCCGCCGGUCCUCGUCCUGAGGCGGCUGCUGCUGCUGCUGCUGAGCGCCUGCGCCUCUCUUCCCGCCGCCGCUCUCCACUUCCAGGAAGGGCAGAGUUGCCAUAAGCCCUUGCCGCGCAAGGUCUCCGGUCUCCGAACCUAUCCUCGUCCUCAUGAAUAUUUGGAUAUCUCAAAUCUGCCCAAGAGUUGGGACUGGAGAAAUAGAGAUGGAGUCAAUUACGCGAGUGCCACUCGAAAUCAGCACAUUCCCCAAUACUGUGGCUCUUGCUGGGCUCACGGCAGCACCAGUGCUCUAGCAGAUCGCAUCAACAUCAAGAAGAAAGGCACCUGGCCUUCUGCUUACCUCUCGGUUCAGAACGUCAUUGACUGUGCUGAGGCAGGGACCUGUCACGGUGGAGACCACAUAGGCGUAUGGGCUUAUGCUCACCAGCAUGGCAUCCCUGAUGAGACCUGCAACAACUACCAGGCAAAAGAUCAAAAGUGCAAGAAAUUUAACCAAUGUGGAACGUGUACCACCUUUGGGGAAUGCCAUGUGAUAAAAAAUUACACCCUCUGGAAAGUGGGAGAUUAUGGAACUCUCAGUGGUCGAGAGAAGAUGAUGGCGGAAAUCUAUGCAAAUGGACCCAUCAGUUGUGGGAUCAUGGCCACUUCCAAACUGGAUGCAUACACUGGAGGCUUAUAUGAAGAAUUCAGUUUCUUGCCUAUAAUAAACCAUAUCGUCUCUGUUGCUGGUUGGGGGGUAGAAAAUGGAACAGAGUAUUGGAUUGUCCGGAACUCUUGGGGAGAUCCCUGGGGAGAGCGUGGCUGGCUUCGGAUCGUGACCAGCGCAUAUAAAGAUGGAAAAGGAAGCUACUACAACUUGGCUUUGGAAGAGGAGUGUGCUUAUGGAGACCCUGUACUCCUUUGAAUUUGCCUCUGCCACUUUCUUUGACCGGUGCUGUUGGAGAUGUUGAUAGGAAAGAAAAUAUCCUGCAAAAUGUACUCUUCUUAAGAAAGGGGCAGUGCUAUUCAGUAGCAUUUGCUGAUGGAAUAUCAUCAUAAUUCAGUUUUUCUUUUUAUUGAUGAAUAAAGAUAAAGGUUUUUCCUGACCGAUUGUGUUGGACUGUAGGGAGACGUGCUUGUCUCUGUUCCCGCUAUGGGAACCAGCGUUGUCCAGAGACAUUUUCUGCGGUCAUGUGGCCAGAAUGGCUGUACACCAAGGCUCACGGAGUGCUAUUACCUUCCCAUUGAAGUAGUACCUAUUUAUCUACUCGCAUUUGCAUGCUUUCAAACUGCGAGGUGGGCAGGAGCUGGGGUACUAAAGACAGAAGCUCACCCCAUCAUGCCAACCUUCUGAUUGACAAGCCCAGCAACAUAACUGCUAGGCCACCACUAUCCACUCCCAAAUGGGCAUCUGUUCAUUGGGUACACAGGAAAUAAAUGCCAGAAAGUUUGC